AGAGCAGUGUUGGUGUGAACACAGGUGAACAGCGGGUGUCAUCUGAGACAGCAGGGGCGGCCUGCAGUGGCGUCAAUCGUCGUGCUGCCGAGCCGAGCCCACCUGUAGCUGUUGCAGCGGUCCGAGGUCAGAAUGAAGUGAGAAGCUGACUACAAGCACAAUCCAUCGCUGGCCGGAUAUCGAACACAUUCCUCACUUCUUCCAAUCACGCCAGCCUCUUUUCUUUUGUUUCAUUUUCGCCUGCAGUUCAUCACUGUUUCUACCUUAGUCAUUUUGGCGUUGACACUCUGUUUCUACCGCUGCAGUGCGAUCCUCCAGGCUGUUCAGCACCACCCCCCUGAAACACCGGUUGUAAAAAAUGUUUUACCAGACAUUUUGGUUGAUCUUACAUUACUAACCACUGCCACUCCCUUCACCCAACCGUCGCUCUCUCUACGUCGGAUCCUAGCCGUCCGUUAGUCCCUUUCAUUCCCCUAUUACCCCUUUAUCCGUCUAUCUCCCUCCCCGCCCGUCCGCCACCCGGCCCGGUCCCUGGCAGCGGCCCGCGCUCGGCGCGAUCGGCCGCGUCGCGCCGGCGUCAUGGGCUGCGGUCUCUGCACCAUGGAGAAGUGUCACGAGGUGGGCGGGACGCACGGCAAGCUGCGCCGCCUCCUCCUCUGCCAGGGAGGAGAGACCGAGCCGGCGCCCAGCGUCCAGAAAAUGGAGAUCGGUCUGCGGUCGGCGGUCCUGAUCCAGCGCUGGUACAGGCGCUACCUGGCGCGAAUGGAGCUGAGGCAGCGUUACACCUGGACCAUCUUCCAGUCCAUCGAGUACGCCGGCGAGCUCGACCAGAUGAAGCUGUACAACUUCUUCAACGCGCUGCUGGAGCACUUGGAGGACGUUCAGGACCAGAAACCCGUGCUCCAGGAAAUACACACAGACCUUCACAGUAAAAUGUACAGCUCUCAGGAGGACCUCAAGCAGCUGACCGACCCACAGAAGGUACACGUGGACAUCGCAUAUCGAGGGCCGCACGUCUCCUUCCCAAUGGGACCGAAUGACAUCAGCAACCUCAUCGAGGGAUUCAAAAAUAAAAAGCUGCUGCACAUCCACUACGUGUACGGUAUCCUGCACGAGGCGAUCCGGGUGCUGCGGACGCUGGCGUCCCUGAACCACGCUUCCACGGCUGUGUCUGGACAGAUCACUGUCUGCGGCGACCUGCACGGGAAGCUGGACGACCUGCUGGUCAUCUUCCACAAGAACGGAAUGCCGUCCAUCGACAAUCCGUACGUAUUCAACGGCGACUUUGUCGACCGGGGCAAGAAGUCGAUGGAGGUGCUUCUGAUCCUGCUGGCGUGCGUGGUGGUCAACCCGCACGAGGUGUAUCUGAACCGAGGCAACCACGAGGACCCCAUGAUGAACGCCCGGUACGGAUUUACAAGAGAAGUGAUCGCAAAAUAUAAGAUGCACGCGUCCCCGCUGCUCUCGCUGCUCGCUGAGGUGUUCUCCUGGCUGCCGGUGGGCACGGUGAUCGACAACCGCGUGCUGGUGGUACACGGAGGAGUCACCUCUCAGCUGGACAUCGGAUGGCUGCAGGGCGUCGACAGACAUCUGUAUACUUCCGUUCUUCGGAUGCCCGAUCAAAUGCAUCGAGAAAGCCCAACGGAACUUCUGCGUCGUAACUACGAAUGGAAACAGAUGCUGGACGUGCUGUGGAGCGACCCGCAGAACAGUCCCGGCUACACCCCCAACACGUUCCGCGGGGGCGGCUGCUACUUCGGCCCGGACGUCACAGCCACGGCGCUGCGCAACAAUCACCUCCAGCUGCUGAUCCGCUCACACGAGUGCAAGGCGGAUGGAUACGAAUUUACACACGAGGGGAAGUGUUUGACGAUAUUCUCGGCGUCCAACUACUACGGGCCGGGCUCGAACCGGGGCGCCUACGUGGUGCUGCAGGGACCCGAGCUGAGGCCGCACUUUGUCCAGUUCACCGCUCAGACCAAGACCAAGUACAUCUCGAUGAGACAGCGUGUCGGAGCUCUGGAGGCGUCUGCGCUAGCCGAGCUCCGAAAUAAAAUACUGGCCUCCAAACAAGUGUUGAUACACGAGUUCAAGAAAUGCGAUCCUUCUAGGAAAGGACUGAUUUCGCCGGCCGACUGGGUGUCGGUGAUGGAACAGCACUGCUCCCCGAACAUUCCCUGGAGGACCCUGCGGGACAAGAUCGUCCCCCCGCGGCCAGACGGACAGAUACGCUACCUGGACACAUUCAGCGAGACGGCCACCACGCCAGGAGCCAAGGAGAGUCCGAGCGUCGUCGAGGCUCUCUAUCGAAACCGGGACCGGCUGGAGACGAUAUUCCGCAUACUCGACAAGGACCAUUCAGGGUUUCUCUCUCUGGACGAGUUCGCCGACGCGUGCUCUCUGCUGCGUAACUACCUCUGCGAGCCCAUCCCCUACGACGAAAUGGUCAACAUGGCUCGCAGUAUGGACAUCAACAAGGACGGCUUCAUCGACUUCAACGAGUUCCUGGAGACGUUCCGUCUGGUAGACAUGGACAGCGGCUAUGUCACCGACGACACCUGAUGCUGAGGAAGGAAGACGACGCUGAAAUGAUAUGUGUGUGACGUCACACAUUGACGUCACGAACUGAGGUUUGACGUCAGACUCACGUAGUGUGCAAAGAACUCGAGUGAUGAGAUACCUAUGUGAACCCACGAUGCCAGUUGGCUCGGAUAAGUGAUGACGGAUGUUAUCCUCUUGCAUGGUGGCGACAUUAGUCCGAUGUUCAUUGAGGGGUUUGAGGAAGAUAACGCCCGUCUUUUCCAGCACAAUAUGACCAAUGUGUGUUUAAUUGUUGACCCACGUGGGCGGAGAAUCUAUCCUGACCGGCAAGGACCAUUUCCUAGUCGAUUACGGCUAUUCCCGAACUGUUAUAUCCAGAUCUCUAUUGUUAGUCAUUAGCGAAUGUGGCUACUUGCUAUUGUGUGCGUACAUUAGGGUCGCAUUAUCCUACUUUGUCGCUUAAAGCGAAACAUACAGAAGCUUUCAACGGACCCUGGGCUCGCUGCCGAUGCGCUCCUCCAAUGCGUUUCGCCCCAUCUGAUAUUAUUGUGGUGCGCGAGUUGUUUUUUACUGUUGGUGUUACUGAUGCGCCGAGAAUAAACCAUUGGAAGGGCUAAUUAGGUAUGCAAUGCCAUCCAGAAACCCAAUAAAAUGCGAGCAGUUUGGAAGCUAUUCAAGUAGAAUUGCUAUUGUAGAAUUUAAGCAAGCUAAUGAGAAUGAACAAGGCGAUAGCAAACAACAAUUUCACGGCAACUUUUCGGAACAUAAUUACCUACGUUAGGCUACUCAGACAUACGAGCAUGUAGUGCUGGAAUUCGUUUAUUACUGAGUGAAGUUACCGAAUUAUUGCGAUAUCAAUUAUAUGCGGCAUACCGACAUGGCCUCAUUAUACUCGUAUGAACGGUGCUUUGGGAGUUUAUCACCUCGCGCUACAUUUGUACAAACGGUGUGUGCGGCUGAAAUGUCCCAAGGCGGCGAAAGAGCCCUAUUUUUGUGGACCACCCGCUACGAUACCGCACUAUAGCUUGCAUGGGGUACUGAGGCACGGAACGGUAGCCUAAUUCUUUCGUGUGAGGUCGGUUUUUGAAUACCGUUUGGGGAGUUGAAUGUCAAUGGCCUGGCGCUGUUUCAUGUUUACUGCGUGUGCAAAAGGCCUGUGGAAUUGAGCGGUGCAUAUUGAGAGGAGUAUUGUAUCGAAUGAAACCAGUCUGCUUCGCGAGCUUCUAAAGGUCGAGUGUUUUUCUCGUUGAAUAUUUCAUCUCAUUGCUGUUAAUAAACAUUGCUCCAGUCCUA